UAGGUACAUGAAAAGAUGAACCAUCAUCAUUGAAAACAUUUUUAACCCUAAACUUGGCGAUGUAUCUUUUAAGAUACAUCAUAUAAGAACUAUAAUUUUAUCGUAAAUAUAAAAUAUAUUAUAUUGACCAUUAUAUUUUAUAAUGUCUUUGGAAGUCCACUAUCAUUAUUGUUACCAAUUUACAGCUUUCCGCGCCAUACAUUAUCUAUUAUGCUUUAUCUAAAAAUGUACUAUCAGUUGUUUUAAUAAUUUGAGCUGCUGACUCAUUUUUAUCUCAUUUAAUCCAUAGCUUUAAAGCCGUUCUGAUUCAAAAUAAUUAUUGAAACUUCUUCAGAGAAAUGCAUCGUAACGUUUCAAGUAGAACAAAAAAGAUGAUGAUGGCUGUAUUGCCACCCUUAGAUUCAGAAAGUUCUGAUAGUGAAGAAGAGUUAGAAGUACCUAUUCCAAAAAUUGAUAACACACAUUUAUCUGACCCCGAUUGUGAUAGUAAUAGUGAUACAUCAAGUGCCCCUACAGUUCGGGACCUUGAAGAAAUUAUAAAAAAUUUAGACGAUUUACCAAUUUACGAUGAUGCUGGGGUAAAUUUAGAUACUUAUUUUUACCCAGAACAAAAUUUUUUACAAAGCAAUGACAUUUUACCAUUAGAUUUGUGCCCCAUACCUGAAAAUUUAUGUACAUCUGCUGAACCAGUAAAUAUGUGUAAUCAAGAUAGUAAUAAUUUAAUUUUAUCAAGUACGCCAAUAUCUAUUAUAUCUCCCAAUUCUCAUUUGUCCCAUAACUCAACAGCAUCAUCUUCUGGACCUAGAAAGUCAGUUAGAUUAGCUGAACGUGUAGAUUCGUUUGAUUCAGUUCCAUCAUCCUUUGUACAAUCCGUGGAACCUCCGAAAAUUAUUUCUACUUCUUCAAACAAAAAAAAACAAAAGAUGACUUUUAAGUGGUCAAAUAAUUUCAAGUAUCCUGUAGAUAUUCCUUCUAAUGUGUUUAAAAAUAAACCAGAUAAUGUACUGGCUCCCAUUGAAUAUUUUUCUUUAUUUUUUAAGCCAGAAAUAUUUAAUAUAAUUGUAGAAAAUACGAAUUUGUAUGGAAGUCAAAAAUCUAUACCCAUCGACACCGAUGUAAAUGAAAUAAAACAUUUUAUUGGAAUACAAUUAAUCAUGGGUAUUGUUUCUAUGCCAGCAUAUACAGAUUAUUGGUCAAUAAAUUUUAGAUACAAUAAGAUUGCUGAUGUGAUGAACUUGAAAAGAUUUCAAUUAUUACGCCGAAAUUUACAUUUUGUAGACAAUUCGUUAUUAAAUACCGAAGAUCGUUAUUAUAAAGUUAGGCCAAUUUUGGAACACGUAAGGAAAAAUUGUUUGGAAAUUGAUCAAGGGUCCCAAUUUUCUAUAGAUGAAAUGAUGAUUCCCUAUAAAGGGAUUAAAGCGGGUACGAGAAGGCAAUAUAUAAAAAAUAAGCCGAAAAAAUGGGGAUUCAAAAUGUUUGUCCGAUCGGGAAUAGAUGGUUUUGUGUAUGAUUUUUUACCUUAUGGCGGUGAAAAUACAUUCCAUCGAACAUCAUUCACAGAAUACGAAAAUAUGUAUUUUGGUUUAGGCCAAAAAGUAAUUAUUGAGUUAUGCAAAUCUAUUCCCAGUAAACCACUUAGUGUAGUAUGUUUUGAUAACUGGUUUACUUCCUUAGAACUUGUAACAUAUUUAAGAAAAUCAUUUGGCAUUCUUAGUCUUGGCACAAUUCAACAAAACCGUUUACGUGGUUGUAAUAUUAUAGCAGAUAAACCACUAUUAAAAAAAGGAAGAGGAAGCUAUGAAACAAAAUCUGACAAUAAAAAUAAAAUUUCAGUAGUAAAAUGGGCCGAUAACAAAUGCGUCACUAUAGUUAAUUCAUAUAUUUCAACAUCAGCACCUUCAGAAACUGUUAGUCGAUAUGAUAAAAAUAAAAAGGAAAGAGUUAAUGUGAAAUGCCCAAAAGUAAUCAAGGAAUACAAUUCUCAUAUGGGUGGUGUAGAUCUGGCAGACAUGUUCGUUUCAUUGUACCGUACAGGUAUUAAAUCGCACAGGUGGUAUCUUGCAAUUUUUUCACAGCUUCUGGACAUUGGUGUCAAUAACGCAUGGCUUUUAUAUAGAAGACAUUAUUCACAAUUGAAUAAUAACCAACAAGGAACCUUACAACUUAAACAUUUCCGAUAUGAAAUCGCAAAAUCACUUCUAGCGCAAUCAAGUAUUGGUCGACCAUCAACUAACCUAAUAUUAUCAAAACGUAAACGCAAAGCCAUGCCAAUAGAGGCCCCACCAAAAGAAAGUCGUUUGGAUAAUAUAGAUCAUUUUCCAAUUUAUAAUACCAAAGGACGUUGUACAUACUGUACUAAAGGUCAAACGGUUUUUAGUUGUUCUAAGUGUUCAUUAAGAUUAUGCUUAACAAAAGAAAGAAAUUGUUUUUAUUCAUUUCACAAGGCUGAAUAAAGAUAUGUUAAUAUUGUUUUUUUCUUAUAUUAA